CUUUUACUCGCUCAAACUUAAUUUUUAUACACAGUCCGGUGCCAGGCAAAGAGAAGGUCUUGGAAUACGAUGGGAGCACGCAAUCUCUUGAUAUUCUUUGGCGCUGCAACUAUUCUCGGGGUUUUGGUUGUUCAGGUGUGUUGUAAUGAGGAAUUACAUCUGAUGGAAGACUUGUUCAAAAACUAUGACAACAAAACCCGACCUGCGGUUAAUCCUGAAGACAAAGUAGAGAUUCAGAUCAAGCUGACCCUCACUAACCUGAUCUCCUUGAGUGAAAAAGAAGAGACUCUCACGACCAAUGUGUGGCUUGGGCUUCAAUGGACUGAUCAUCGUCUCUCCUGGAAUGUAUCUGAUUACUACGGCAUAAAAAAAAUUCGUGUCCCAUAUAACACUGUUUGGCUCCCUGACGUUGUCCUUGAAAACAACAUUGAUGGCAAGUUUGACGUUGCCUACUAUGCCAAUGUGUUGAUUAACAAUGCUGGUGAGAUAGAAUGGCUGCCUCCUGCGAUCUACCGCAGCACUUGUGCCAUUGAGAUUACCUUCUUCCCAUUUGAUUUCCAGAACUGCACACUAGCAUUCAGAUCCCAGACAUACAGCGCCAAAGAAGUGGACCUGAUCUUAGCCACUGGAGAAACAGGCGAAACUAUAGAGUGGGUGGACAUCGACCCUGAGGCUUUCACAGAAAAUGGAGAGUGGACCAUUGUCCAUCGCCCAGCCCGGAAGAUGAUCAACCCACAGUAUUCACCAGAAGACCUCGAGUAUCAGGAGAUCUUAUUCAACAUAAUCAUCCAAAGGAAGCCCCUUUUCUACAUCAUCAAUAUCAUCCUGCCCUGCUCCCUCAUCUCCUCACUGGUUGUACUGGCCUACUUCCUACCUGCACAAGCCGGGGGACAAAAGCUGACCACAGCCAUCUCGGUCUUGCUGGCUCAGACUGUCUUCCUCUUUCUUAUUGCUCAGAAGGUCCCUGAGACAUCUCUGUCUGUUCCUCUCAUUGGAAAGUAUCUCAUCUUUGUUAUGUGUGUCACAACUCUCAUUGCCACUAAUCAAAUUGUGGUGCUAAACUUUUCUUUGCGAAGCCCCAGCACCCAUACCAUGUCCCAGUCUGUCAAGCAUAUGUUCCUUGAGAUGGUGCCAAAUUUUCUAGGCAUGUCACCACUUGUGGAUGACAGCGCUGAAACAACAGAGAUGAAUGGCGUGAGGGAACGGCGGCGAAGCUCCUUCGGCCUCAUGCAGAGAGCAGAGGAAUAUGUUCUGAAAACCCCGCGCAGCGAAAUGAUAUUUGAAAGACAAAGAAAGAGGCACGGUUGCAAGAAAUCAAUUGUGGACAGCAUAGAUGUCAGCAGCACCACCAACCUCUACAAGAGUUUGGCUCAAGCUGCACCUGAGAUCAAGCAAUGUGUGGAUGCCUGCAACUUUAUUGCUGAGAGUAAACGACAACAAAAUGACACUGGAUCUGAAAUUGAAAGCUGGGUACUGAUUGGGAAGAUGAUCGACAAGGUGUGCUUCUGGGCUGCCAUCCUUCUCUUCAUCUUUGGCACAGUGUGGAUCUUCUUUACAGGACACUUCAACCAGGUGCCUGAAUUUCCAUUUCCUGGGGAGGACAAAAAAUAUGUCUCAGAUGAUUAAAAAAACACCAUAAUCUAUUGAAUAUUUAAAAAAAACACCAUAAUCUUUUGAACCUUUCCUAGAGUCUCUGUACGUCAUACCCUCUUUAAGAGCUAAAGUGCCCCAGGUACAGAUACAAAGCUUAGAUUUCAGGACUCAAAUGUUUUCAUACUUCAGUAUUUUGAGUCUUUUUCAGUUUAACCUCAGAUUCCUGCAACUUAAAGCAAAUCUGACAAAUCACCAUACAUCUGACAUGGACAUAAACAUGUAAGUCGCCAAGUUUCUUGUUUGAUAUAAAAAACUGAUUCUCUUCAUUCUUCAGUUUUGUUAAAACAUCAGAGGGUACUGUGCUUUUAAUACCUGGAAAGCUGCAUGCCAAAAACAAUUGGGAGAUGGGCUGCUCAAUUAUAGAAAAAAAAUUCAUAAUCAUGAUUAUUAUGAUAUUAAGAUCAUGACUGUUAUACCACUUUGUGGGAGAAUUCCCAUGUUUCCCUCAGAAUGAUAUUACAUCUGAGUAGCAGAGGGGGUCAUCCGGCUCCAUAUUCCAUGUCUUUAUUUUCUGUCUGUUUCUGACAGUAUUCAUCAGCUGUAUUUUACAUAAAGACGCUAAUCAAAUAUCACUCACCUUUCAAACUAUUUAAUUUAAAUAAUGUGAAUGCUUGUUGUGGAUUAGGUAGCAUAUUGUAACCAUCAGGCACCACUGAGAAUGCAUGAGAAUAGGAUAAUAAUGUAUUACAUAUUCACAUCUUGACACGGGCACUAAUGGGAAUGGAUAUCAAAUAACAAACAGGGCACUGACUUUGCCUGCAGAUGGCUUUCUCUUGAGAGCUUGUCCAGGUUACCUACAGUACAUACUUAGCAUAUAAAAUGCUUCAAAGAAAGUCAACUUGCAUUACACUAAAAAUGCUGUUGGAAAAAACGGGUAUUUAAACUUGAUAUAUAUAAGAUAUCCUUGAUAUCUAAGAUAUCCAUCUAAGUCUUAGCGAAUUAUGUCUUCAAUGUUUCCAACACACUAUAAUCCAGUGGGUGAUCCAGGUAUAUUUAAAGCCAAUCAAGUCUAUUUUAUGAUUUUUUUGUUUGUUUGUUUGUUUGUUUGUUUUUGUAAAUUUUUAUAUAUUUACCAUCUGCACUUGAGAGAGACAUCCACUUGUAUAUCCCACCUUAAAUGCAUCAUUUGUGUGAUCUCUAAUGUUAAAAAAGGGGUUCAAAUGCUGUUGCUUCAACAUUUUCCUUCAGUUUCUUGCUGACAAUAUCAUUCUGUUCUCCUGCGAUAAAAUGCCUUCACACAUGCAGCUCACCACCGAUGACUACAGAAUACUGAGUAAAAAUUUUCACAAGAAGAGUGUUGUUGUUUGUGCAUCUUUAUAUAAUGUACUGUUGAAAGACACUGUUUAAAGAGCAGAGGUAAAAAUUAAUCAUACAGAGAGAAACAGGUCAGGAUGGCCCUCUCUAUCCCAGCUGCAGAAGCAUUCUUUGGGGAACCCUGGUCAUGAUAAAAGCAGUUUUUUCAAAACGUUGUAAGUCAGAAUUCCAUUGUAGUACCUAAUUAUGCCACAUGGCGGAGCCCUCGCUAUGUUUAUGUUCUAUGAACCAGAAGGUAGCUAGUGUGUGGCUCUCUCUCUCUCUGCCGCUCUUGCAUGUAUGCACAACAGUGAAGAGGACUCCCAAAACUACGUGAUGAGUUGGUAAAGGUUAUGUCUAUAUUUUACUUCUCAUGUAUGAGUAGUCCUUAUAUAGCGCCGUAGAGACCUGGCAUUGUAUGGUCUGUUUUCAGCUGCAGAAUAAAGCACCGUGUGGAAAUCCCCAUACUGUCCUCUUGCUUGUCUGAGCUAACCUGCUAUUCUGGAGCUUCUGCUAAUGCUGCUAGCCUCUCCACCUGAAACCACCAACCAACCCUUACAACGUGUUUAUCUUUUUUUUUAAUAUCAUACUGUGUACAAAUAUUUCCCAUGUUCUGCAUUAAAGAGCAAUAAAUGUCAAUGAGCUUAUGAAGACAUCAGGUAAGAGGGCUAAUUUUUGAUCUAGCAGAACAACUUUUGAAAACUACAGUGCCAUUACGUUACAUGUAUGUUAUCACAAGCUCUGUAUGGAGGUGAAUUAAAAGAUAUAAAGACAGCCUUAAUGAUUUUUGCAAUGUACUCGAGUGUCCUAUAUUUUGUGGACUAAUAAACAUACAAGUGUCACAUUUCUGCUAACGAGUGGGGAUGUUUUCCUGCAUUUAUUAUGUCUUACGUGAGGAAACUGUGCAUGUAACAUGAGAUGGAAAACUCUGAAUUGAGGCCUUGUUCUUACUCUUAUACUUAUUUAUUAAAGCUUUCUGUCAGUGCUAGCUGACUCUUGUUAUCCCAAA